AUGGUGAAAAACAAUCUUGCUUCCAUCAUUGCAAUGGCGUUCUUGAUGACUAUGGUGGUGCACCAGACCGAAGCACUGGUGUGCAACCUGUUAUCAUUGAGCCCAUGUUUAGGACCGGCUUUGUUCUUCACACCACCACCAGGUUUGUGUUGUGGGAGGCUAAGAGAACAAGCCCCAUGCUUGUGUGAAUAUGUGAUGAACACAAAUUAUGGUCAGUUGCUAAGCUCGUUUGGCCCUCGUAGAGUAGUUCAGGCUUGUGGUUUGGUCAUGCCUUCGUGUUAUCAAAUAUAA